UAAGGACAGAAAAGUGUGUGACAUAUGACCUCUUUAUUAGUAAUAAAGAGGAGAAAAGUUUCUAGUAUUUAAGAUAAAACAAAAUAAAUCAGCUAUAGAUAAAGCUCCCUUGGUCUUAACUGUUAUUCUUAGGACUUUUUCAUUGUGUAUAUAUUUAUAUAUGUAUAACACUUCAGUCCUUAAAUACUUGCUGAAGUGUCAGAUUCAGGACUUUACUGUAUCCAUUAGAGCCACAGAAUGCAAGGAAGUCAACCUUCAAAUCAAGGAGGUUAUCCUAAUCAAGAAGCUAAAACCAGUAAAUAAACAACAGAAAAGAAGUACUUGAAGCAGACUGACUACUAUAACAGCUGCAGUCUAUGAAUGUCACUACCUUAUCCCACAUAUCUGGGUAAUGUUAAUAGCUUUAUUCCAUCAUUAAUUUCUCCAUGUGUCCAGAUGAAGAGGUCCUCACCCAAAAUAUCAAAGAAAUACAGGUUUUUAAAAAAAGUACAAGAGAGAAGAGUGAGAAAGAAAGAAAGAAGAAAAAUAAAAGCAAAAAUACGCCUGGAAGAGGUAAAAACAGAAUGUCUUACAUUGACAAAGUGGACAACUGGGAUGUUACAAGCGUUAGGAAAGAGACGGACAGUGUUAUUACUUCGGAAAGAUCAAAAAAACGAGGUAAGCACAGUAAAUCGAAAAAAUCCGUCACAAACUCAACAUACACACACAAUUUUGAACCACCGCUGCCACCUUCAUCGUCAGACUUCCAUUUUCAGAACCCUCAACUGCCUGAGGUGGAAUCAACUUCUAACCAUUCUUAUAGACCGAAUAAUGAAAAACAGCUAAACAGUAAAGAUAAGAAGAAUUCUGGGAACUCUGCUAUACAGAAACCCAAUCUGAGUACUUUUAAAUCCCCACCUUCGACACCACCACCUUCCAAAUCAGAAAGGGUUAACUCUGCAAAUCCGUAUAUUGUACCUGUGGAAACCUCCGUUCGUUCACAACCAGUAGCAAUACAAACAAGGUGUGAAACUGCUGAAAAUCCAGGAUGGGCAAAGCAAAAAUAUAAGAAGUGUGUGGAAAAAGUAACCGAAAACCCUUUCCGGAUUAGCAAGGGUUGCUGCAGUGAAUGGAUGAAACAUUGGUGGUGGGUAGUUUUACUGUUGUUACUGAGUGUUAUUGGAAUCAUCAUUGGAACCAUUCUGGCUCUAGUUCCUCUAAAGUCCAACCAUGAAGAUUAAUGCAUCCAUUGCAAAUAAAUGGAUAAAGAAGUUGAUAGUUAACAAAGAAAAGAUGAAAGAAAAGAGAGAAAGCAAUUUUAAUUGUCUUCUUCUGCAUCAACCAAAACUAAAGACAAAUUUUUGCAACAAUGUAUUUCCCCACCAAAACAGGACACCUUUAAAAUACACAUUUUCUUUUUUUUCACCAUUUACUUUAUAUAUAACAACUUGUAAAGUUUCUUCUAUGCCAAUUUUAAAAUCCUUCUGUCCAACCAGAAGACAUAUCAUAAACAGAAUUCAUCAACAAUCCACAUAAGACUACUGCAAAAAACCAUAAUUUGAUCUAAUAAUGUAAUUAAUCGAUCAUUUACUAACAAACAUUAAUUAAGUAUGCAAUGCACUAUCAUUAUUCUGUCUAAUUUGUUCACUAAGCACCAACUAGAUUAUCAUUCAGUUGUGCUUCAUGUAAUAAACUCUAAAGCAUGACUGUGUGACUAGAGUGUUUGUUCUGUAAGUAGAUGGAUCCAGAUGUGAUCUUACUGUGCAAAUGUCUCUUACUCUAGCAUUGAUAUUCUGGUGUAUGAAACUUGGUAGAAGGAAACUGUGUAGAAACCUGAUGUAUGUGUGUGUGUGUACACACACACACACACACACACACACACACACACACACACACACAGAACAUAUACAUCUUUUCACUUCAAGCCUUGUUCCAUUUUCUUCUUUAUCUUUAUUCUUUUAAAGUCCACUCACUCUCCUACUUCACAUCUCAAUACCAUACAGAAAUUUCUCUCCCUAUCAUUUGUUUACUCUCAAGAUAUCUUUUAUUUUAUCACUUUACCUCUCUAAUUCCCAUUUCCUGUUUGCAUUUCUAUAUAUUUCAGCAUCUGCUUUCAUCACUUGCUGGCCUCUUCACCCCCCACACUUUGUCAAUCUUCCACCUAUCUAUUUAUCUCUCUCUCAGGACAGUCUUCGUCCUAUCACCAUAUCAGAAAGGGAGGAAACCAACCAAAACAAAACAAAACAAAAAAAACCUCCACACACUUGGCAUUUUAUAUUCUAAGCUUUACAUGUUUUUAUAUUUGUGAAUCUGCAUCUGUAUUUAUGUUUACACCAGUUGUUAUUUAUAUUGUGUUCCUUUAAAGUUUAUAAAUUAGUCAUUUGGUAACCAGACUAGAAAAUGUAAUAGGGACAAUAUUAUGGACUAAAACACUUGAAGUCAGUACUCCAGCAUGGCUGUAGUCCAAAUAUUGAAACUUGUGACUAACUUCUUAAAACUUUUGUAUUUGCCUUUUAUAUAUUGAAUAAAUUAUUUAACA